GUUUGCGAACUCACUCAUACAGCGAUAACAGCUGAUUCCGAAGUUUGAGGAAGUGAAGUAAAUUCUGUACGUUUUGUAUCGAUAAAGUUUUUUAUAUUUUUAUUUAUAUACGGUACAUAUAUGUUUGAAUAAUUAAAUAAAAUUUGAUAAAAUAAAGUAAAAAUAUGUUGAAACCGAAAGCUCUCACGCAGGUUUUAAGUCAGGCUAAUACUGGGGGCGUGGAAAAUACUUUAUUACUUAACAGAGAUGGAGGAUUACUAGCGUACAGUGGUUAUGGAGAUAAAGAUGCUAGAGUUACAGCUGCUAUUACGAGUAAUAUUUGGACAGCUUACGAGAAGAAUGGAAGGAAUGCCUUCAAGGAAGACGAAUUACAUUAUGUCCUAAUGGAUUGCAUGGAAGGAAAAGUUGUCAUUACAGAAGUAGCUAAUUUGCUCUUGUGUUUGUACGCAAAGGAAAAUGUGGGAUUUGGAUUGUUGCGAGAGAAAGUGCAGGCAUUGGCUAUGUAUCUUGAUCAACCCUUAAAAACGAUAGCAAAUAUGCCUUGAAAUUACCAUUGUUUUGUUUUUAGGAAUUCUUAUUUCAUUAAAAUAUGCUCAAACUUA